UGCACCCUGCGGCUGCACCAGAAUAAAUUUAUGACACAUAGCUUAUUUUUUAAAUUCAGAAUGUAAACGUUUUACCUAAACAGUCGCUUUUAUUUCAUGGGGGUAAAUGCAGUAAUUCCGCAAAUCUUUGUGAGACUUUUAGCUAGCCAGAUUAAGUGAAACGGGACACUAACAGCCGUAAUGCUAAUAGCUACAUUAGGCUAAUAUAUGCUAGGUUAGCCGGACGGUUGCUCAGCCCGUGUAGCGGUUCCAAUCCGGGGACGAGCCUGCAAACGCAAUAGCUUUUGCUGAAACCGGAGCUGUGGCGGGGAAAGGUGGCCUCAACAACCCCCUGGCUGUCCAGGCGGACGGAGCGUAGUGACACGCCGGUUGUUGAGACCUGAGAUUGGAGCCAUGGCUGAGCUGUCCACCUUCCCUCCUUCUCCACCUCCGCUGGGCGACCCCAGUGCUGCUCCAGCUUCCAGCUGCCCCGACUCUGUGAAGGAGCUGCCUCUGCCGAAGUCUUCCCUCUACAACGACAAAGCUUUGACUGGAAACACUUCUUCAGCACUUUCCAGGGGUUCGGCCUCGACUGCGCCACCUCAGACGGAGGAGCCAACAGGGAAGAAUCAGGAAACGGCGACUAGUGGCGAAUCUGUUGCAGAGUCUGGUUCUUCCCAACCUGCAGCCCCGAUAAAAACCACGCAGGAACCGUUAUCUCCAGAUUUAAACCCCGGUCCCAAUCUGUACCCAAGCAUCCAUGUUUCCUCUAACUCAAACCCCGUCGUUGACGUCGCUCAACCGCAAACGAGUGCAGAUUCCAACCCUACAACAUCUUUGACUAACGAUGAGGAACCUCAGCCGCCACAACAAGCACAAAAACCUCAAAAUGAGCCGCCGUCGUCCCCAAACCCGGAUCUGGCCACCGAAGAACUGCCGACUGCAUCCACCAGAGCGGCGCCAUUGACCCCAACUGUGCCCGUGAUCCAAGAGCCAUUUGUCCCGCUGUCGUACCCCAAGCCAAAACCGGCCCCGGACACGCUAAGCUACCUGGACUCGGCCAGCCUGAUGUCGGGAACGCUGGAGUCGCUGUCCGGAUUGGGAGAGGACGGGAGCUCUGUGGGCUCAGACUCUGAGAUCAACGGGCUCACCUUGAGACGCACCGAUAAGUACGGAUUCCUGGGGGGCAAUCAGUACAGCGAAGGAGGUGAUAAGGAAGUUCGAGUUGAAGUUGCGAGACAAAGGGAGAUGAAGUGGCUGGACAUGUUCUGCCACUGGGACAAGUGGGUCAAACAUCGCUUCCAAAAGGUGAAGCUGCGCUGCAGGAAGGGAAUCCCGUCUUCCCUCAGGUCUAAAGCCUGGCAGCUGCUGUCCGACAGCCAAGAGCUGCUGGAGGCAAACCCGGGAAAAUUUGAUGAGCUGGAGAGGGAGCCAGGUGAGGCUAAAUGGCUGGACAUCAUCGAGAAAGAUCUUCACCGGCAGUUUCCUUUUCACGAGAUGUUUGCUGCGCGCGGCGGACACGGACAACAGGAUUUAUACCGCAUCCUGAAGGCCUACACGGUGUACCGGCCCGAUGAGGGUUACUGCCAGGCCCAGGCGCCCGUGGCGGCAGUGCUGCUCAUGCACAUGCCUGCAGAGCAAGCUUUCUGGUGCCUGGUCCAGAUUUGCGAGAAGUACCUCCCUGGCUACUACAGCGCCGGCCUGGAAGCGAUUCAGCUGGACGGCGAGAUCUUUUUCUCUCUCCUGCGGCGGACGUGUCCGAUGGCGUACCGCCACCUUAAGAAAUUCAAGAUUGAUCCGAUUCUCUACAUGACAGAAUGGUUCAUGUGCAUCUUCUCACGCACCUUACCCUGGUCCUCUGUGCUGCGCGUCUGGGACAUGUUUUUCUGUGAAGGAGUGAAGAUAGUAUUUCGCGUGGGCUUGGUGCUGCUGAAGCAGAUGCUGGGCUCUGUGGAUAAACUCCGGGAGUUGCAGGGAAUGUAUGAAACCAUGGAGCGGCUCAGGAACAUCUCUCCCGACACCAUCCGGGAGGACGUGCUGGUGCAGGAGAUCAUAAUGCUGCCGGUGACCGAGGCGCUCAUCGAGAAAGAGUGCAGCGUCCAGGUGAGGAAGUGGAAGGAGUCCAGAGGUGAGCUGACCCACAAACCGGGCCGCCGGCUCCACGGCACCAGAGCCAUCUUUGAGUACAAGCGCCGGGCGUCAUCCAUCAGCUCAGGCGGCAGCUUUUCCUUCCUGGGAAGUUCUGCGCCGCCGCCGGGGCCGCUCCGCGCUUCGUCCAGCCUCCUCUCCCUGCCCGGUUUCCGCAAAUCCCGGGCUCCCUUCUUCUCCCAGCCCAAAAAAAUCUCCUUCUCUGGUCCUUCUGGGGCGGAGAGCCCGCCGCCUGUUGCCUCGUCGUCGGGCCAGAAGCCGCCAAUCCCUCCGGGUGUGGCUCCGAAGGCGUCAACGGCGCACGUCCAGAGCCCGUUAGCCGUGGAGAGCAGCUCAGCACAAAUCCAGCCGGCUCCGCCGAACACUUUGUCGCCAAAGAUCGUUUCGGAGGAGAUCACUCCCACAAUCCCAUCGCCGACCGCCAACAACACGCCGCUGCAACCGCAACCGCAACUGCAACCACCAAAAGAAGCAACCCCAUCUGUGUCCGGAGAGGACGAAGGAAAGAAGAAGAAGAAAAGCAAAGAAGACAAGAAGAAGGAAAAGGAAGAUGAGAAGAAAAAGCUGAAGGAGAAGAAAGAGAAGGAGAAAGUUGAAAAGGAGAAAGCGAAGAAGGAAAAGGAGAAGAAGAAAACGGGGAAGAAAAAGGACAAAGGGGCGGAGGAGAACGGAGCGACGGCGAAAGAUUCAACCUAGUUUUUCCCACAACAGCUGAAAAAAAGGGAAAAACGGACAGAAAAACCUGAUGAAUUGAAGAGGUGGUGACUUCCUGUGUCAUUUCUGAGACUUUAUAUAAUUGAAAGACUGAUGGAGAUGAAGACGAUGAAGACUGGAUUCUGGUUUUAAUAGCACCUGGAGGGCGGAUUACCUCUCAAUGCUUUUCUCCCCCCAACAACUAACUGGAGCACAGGCUGCACUGCAAAAACACAAAGUCUCACCAACGAUUCUUAGUCUAAACUUUAGUGCAAAUAUCUUAGGACAUGUGAAAUAUAACAAUACUAACGUUCAAGUUACUUUUCAGCAAGAAAUAGGAGAAAUAAUGUAUUAUUUCACUUGUAAUAAUGGAAUACUUGGCAGACACUAAGAAAAUAAUACAAAGAAUUAGCAUAAAGUCCUGAAAUGAUGAGAAUAGUCGCUAUGAUGUGAGGAUAAAGUCACAAUAUUACCACUUUGGUCUCGUAUUAUUACAGCUUUAUUAUGUUAUUCCGAUUUUAUGCUCGUAAAAUUAGAAAUUUAUUCUUAUCAUCCUUCAACUUUUAUUUUCUUGCGACUUUGUUCUUGUGUUGUUACGACUUUGUUCUCGUCUUUUUGUCUUGGUAAAACACUCCAAAGCUCCUCUGUCUUGCUGAAACGUUACUUUUGAUUUAGUUUUGCCUUCUUUCAAGCGUACUGAGAUAUUUGGUCUAGAAACAAGACAAAAAAUAUUUGGUAAGACUUUGUGUUUUUGCAGUGACUGAUUUUAUUUUUUUUUAUUUUUUUGCUGAGAAACAUUUAUUUUAUCUUUUUUUUGUCUGUCAGUUCUUACAAAACACGAGGAAGUCUUUAGAAGCGGUGCCAUAGUGUGUUAAAUUAAUUUAAAUUAAAAUCGAGCUGCAGCUGACAGGAUUAACACUCCGUACGUCAUGUUUAACUGGAUUACGGGGGAUAAAACAUCUCAAACGUAGGCACUGAAGGCAAAAUGGCUUUUUAUGAUGUUGAGGGUGUAUUUAUUGUCUUUGUAAAUGUGUGUGAGUGUGUGUGCCUUAGUAGAUUAGUGAAACGUGUUGUGGACUCCGACAGCUCGCUUUUUUUUUUUGUUUUUUUUUUUUAAUGUAAUUUCAAACUAAUGUUGAACUCUCGCUGUGGUUCUUCCUAAACCCAUUACUUUAUUUAUGUCGUCUGAUGGCGAACGCCGAGCCGCUCCGAAACUUUCGUUUGCUUGUUUUUGAGGGGGAAUCAUAGAAACAAGGGUUUUAAAAAUCAAAUUUAUGUGCACAAAUUUGAGAACGUGAUUAAAAUUAACUUAUGGGAAACACCUCUAAAAUCAAAUACUUUAUUUUCUUCUAAAUUUGCUUUUUUUAUGCCAUUUGCCAAAAUUAUGCCUGAAUAUUUUCAUAUCAAUUCCAAAUUUAAUCUUUUUUUUUUCUUUUUUUGCUCAAUUUCUGUUCUGAAAAAGAAAUUGUCAUAAAAUAUUAUAAUAAAAGUGACUUUUAUUUCAGUCAUCCCGUCUGUCGUAAGGCAAGGCUACAAGAACUUUAAUUUAUUUACAAGAAUAAACUCUUAACAUUCGCUGAAAAAGACACAUUUUUACCAGAAAAACAUCUUAGAAAAAAGUUGUUUUAAUGAGGAAGAAAUCUUCUCCAUUUAUCAAGAUAUCAUCCUUAAAUAAUGUUACUUUUCUCCUCAUUAAAGUCUGACUUUAUUCUCCUAAUUACAGCUUUAUUCUGGUGAUACUAUAACUUCAUUCUCGUAUUAUUUUGACUGAUUUUAUACCUGUAAUUAAAAAGAAGAAUCAUUAUCUGGCUCUAGCUUUCCAUCAUAAAGUUGACCUGAAUUCAAAGUCCAAAUAAACAAGAUGGCCGACAUGCUGACCUCACUGGUUACUAUGGGAAACACCAGAAGUGAUUUUCUAAAUUUUCCAAAAUCUUGAUAAACUAAAACUGACUCUAAUUUUAAGAAUAGUUUUAAUUUUGAAUCACUUUAAAAACUUGAUGCUAUUCUGAUUUAAUCACUUGAAAACCAGUUUUUAUUGUUUGUUUCAGCUGCUGUUUUAAGGUGAAAUAAAUACAUUUGAAACUGGUUAUUAUUUUUUGUUGGUCUGUCCAUCAGUACCAUUGGUGGCCCACAGCAUAAUGCUUCCACCACUCUGCUUGACAGACAAAGUAGUGUAAUAUCGACACUUCGGAGCAUAAUGAUCCUGCAUAUUUAGUGUUGCUAUUCGCAUCAUGAUCCAUUUAAACUGGGAACUCUGGGUGAAACCUUGAUGUUGCUGUCAGUUUAUAAUCCAAAAAGAAGCAUUUUUGAGAGGAUAAAACCGGUUAAAUUGGAGUUUGUGAUAUAAAACCAAUUGGUUUAAUUGAGUUCUACCACUUAUGCCAAGAAGAAAUGUCAAAUAUUUCUCUACAGCUCUUUGUAGUUUGGAGAACAUCUGGAAGACGUUCACAUUUGUGCACCUAAAUCUUGGUUUUAAGUUAAAAGAAUGAAUUUGUAAUAGACCAAACUUGUGAACAGCACUAAAACAUGGGAGACUGAAGGAAAGAGGAGACAUUGUUCUGGUGUUUCCUGUCCGUGAGAAAUUCUAUUCAUAUUAAAAAAGGAAAGUGUUUUUCUUCUUUGCACUUGUCGGGCAAAGAGAGAUGGUAUUCAUUUCAAUUCAAAUGAGCAAAUUGUACAUUUUAUCCAAUUAAAUUUCAAUAUUUCACAACUUGAGCUCAUUAACCAGUGAGACUGUGAUUUUAAGGUCUUAAACAAUGAAGGAUGUUUUUUUUCUUGUUUUUUUUGCACUUGCACCAUUGAAGUUAUUCACUCAUCUGUUUGAAAUCACUGCCUUGAGGACCUACUGCAAGGUGCCAGGGUGUGCCAAUGUAGCAUUAACAUCUAAUCCGGGUGUAUUUAUGUACAAAGGAGGUUAAUUUAAUCAAAUAUAGAAUAUUAUGAAUUAUUAUUUUCAUCUGAAUAUUUUUCUAAGAGGAAGAGACACCUGUUGGACUGGAACGAUGGACUUUUUGCACGUCAAACUUGAUGCAUUUCUUUUGCUUUUGAGUUUACUCAUUGUCGGUUUGGUUGAAUUAUGUUCAGUGACAUACAGUAUUAAAUGAAAAGAGUGAAAAAGAAAGAAGCGAAGACAACCUGAACAAACUGAGUCCAUAGAUUCAGGCAAAAACACGAGGAAAGCUCUUCGUACUGUGUGAAACGCCUGAGGCGAUUUAAUGAGUUCAAGAUCUUUGUGUGUUUUAAAUCUGACGCUCUAAUCUAUUUACACUCAGUGUUUUGUACUGUAAUCUUUAUGCAUACAUGAAACGGCACUGAACAUGUUGAGAAGAAUACCAACGGCGAAUCAGGGCUGUUGUAGGUAGAAAAAAAAAGUAAAUGUCCACCGAAAAUUCAGAAAAUUUUGAGCUUUAUCUCAGUAAUUUUCUUUGCAAAAAAAAAAAUGAAGAAAAUGUUUGAUUGCCACAAGUAAAAUAUUUAUGAGAAAAAAAAUUAUAAAUUUUGAGAUCAAUUUUAAGAAUUCGCAUGAAAAAACUUGAAAAUUCUGAGUUUGAAAAUUAAACUAACAUUUUCAGAUUCAACAUUUUCAGAUUCAAAUUUGUUUCAAAAUGUGAAAAUUUUAGACAUUUCAACUUGGAAAUUUUCCAAGUUUUAUUUUUUAUUUUUUAUUUCUGAGAUUAAUUUCAGAAUUUCUGAUUUUUUUUUCUUGCAAACUUUCAUCUUUUGAAACUAAGAAAUUUCUGUUUUUUUCUAGUAAAUUUCUGAGAUUAAUCUAAAAAUUUUUAUUGCAAAUCUUUGGUGUGGAGCUUUUUUUUAGUCUUUAAUUUAAAUAAACUCUCGCAAAUUUUAAAACUCCAAGAUUUUUUUAAGAUUAAUCUACAAAUUUUAGUUUAUUUGGUGGAAAUUUUCUUUUUUUCCCCUGUUUUUAUCUACCACGGCCAUAUUAAGGCCUGGUAAAAUAGUGCCGAAUAGUUUGUGUAAAACCUUUUGGUGGCUCAGAACAAACAUCAAGUCUCUGUUCAGCAGUUAUUUAGUCGUACCUAACAUCUCCUCCAGAUUCAUUGUUUAUGUCCUGACUUUGAUGUCAUUUACCUUCAUAUCUCUCAUAUUUCAUCAUAGAUCAGUGCAACGUAACAAACCACAUCUAUGCAAACCUUCUUCCAUCACGACUGUUGAUGUGUGCAGCAGCAACAGUGAAAUCAGCUAAAAAAAAUCAAUUCUGUGCUUCAGUCGGUGAGUUUUCUGCACACUUUCAGACGUUUGGUGAGCAAAUCCUCCUCACUGAACGUCGAUUUGCUGAGAGCGAUGUGGUAAAAGUGAAUCUGACACUAUCUCUAGGUUCAGCACUUGGCUCUGCAAUACUGAGGAUAAAUUAAAACUAAGUGGAUCCUCGUCUGUCAUUUCUGCGUUAAUGUUGAAGCUGCUUCGUUGGGAAUAACUCCACUGAUGCAAGUACUUAAAGUGUUUCUCUCAAUGCCGUUACGUCUUUUUGUGUCUUUUAAGUUUACAUCUCUCUUUCUCUCUCUCUCUCUGUGGCGAAAGUGAAAUAAUAGCUAAAUAAAUUCAUUCCUUCAGAUUGACAACUGAUGUAUUUAUAAUGACGAUAAUGACAGUUGUGAUGAGUAAUAAACCGUAAUAUAUUAAGUCA